AUGCCACUCCCUGCCCCUCCCCCACCGCGUUCGCCCCUUGACCGACACCGGCAGUUGGCUCCAUCAGCUUCUGUUAGAGUCUCUCCUAUCUUUCUCGGUGCCAUGAAUUUCGGUGAGGCAUGGAAGGAGAGAAUCGGUGAAUGUUCAAAGGAGACAGCAUUCGAAAUUCUGGAUUAUUUCGUGAGCCAAGGUGGUAAUUUCAUCGACACUGCCAACAACUAUCAGAAUGAAGAAUCCGAAAAAUGGAUUGGGGAAUGGAUUGCCCAAAGGCAGAACCGUGAAGAAAUUGUUCUUGCCACCAAGUUUUCCAGCAGCUACAAGAAUCAUGAGGCUGGCAGGGUUCAAUCGAAUUAUGGUUGCAACGGCUCAAAGUCAAUGCGCGUGUCUCUGGAUCUCUCACUACAGAAAUUGCAGACCAGUUAUAUCGACCUUUGUCUCAACGAUUUGGUCGUGAGCGGGAAGGUUCUCUAUCUGGGAAUUUCUGACUGCCCAGCUUGGGUGGUGGCCACGGCCAAUCAUUAUGCUCGCGAUCACGGCUUGCGUCAGUUUUCCGUGUACCAAGGCCUUUGGAACGCUUCGAUCCGGGACUUUGAGCGUGAGACCCUUCCGAUGUGCCGUGAUGAAAAUAUGGGCGUGGUUCCCUGGGGAACCUUGGGCCAAGGCCGAUUCCAAACGGAAGUGGGAUAUAAGGAGCGGGAGCAAAACAAUCCUGGACGCAAGGGAAGAGCCGCAACGGAUGAGGAGAAACGUGCGGCUAAGACUUUGGAAACAAUUGCCGAUGCAAAGAGGACGAAUCUCACCAGUAUCGAUUUCGCCUACGUCCGGCACAAAGCUCCUUAUGUCUUCCCGAUUGUUGGCGGGAGAACUCUUGAGCAUCUUCGAGGCAACAUUGCGGCAUUGGAGGUCUCCCUGAGUGUCGAGGAAGUGGCGCAGAUCGAAGCUGCCUACAGCUUUGAUCACGGUUUCCCUCAUACCUUCCUCAGCGGCAGUCUGUUUGAUGGUAGUGCACCACGGGCACCCAACGGCCCGGGAGAUGUGUGGCUGACGAAAUUGAUGGGCAACUUUGAUUGGGUUCAGCCGCAACUGCCUAUUGAGCGGAAUCAAUAA